AUGAAGGUCCUCGCCCUCCUCCUCUCGACCAUCGCUCUGGCAAGCGCCCAGGGACAACUUUACUGCAACAGAGACACAGCUGGCAACGGCGAAUGCGAGAAGAUAACCCCUCCCAGGCACACUUUCUGCUGCAUUCGUGGCUCAUCAAGCUUCGGCGAGUACACGCAUAAGAAGGUUUCCACGACUAUCGGCAAUGAUCCGAACGGCUCGAGCUUCUGUGGCAAGCCAAUUCCUGAGGAGGGCCCGGACAUCAAAGAGGGCACGAUUUACUGCGCGCACUAG